AUGAUAUAUGCAAGAUCUAUAGGUUCUGUUGGACUUGCUAGUACUGCUGAUUUGAAUCUUCCCAUGGUUGAACCAGGGAAAAUGAAAAUUCUAAAUGGUGAUAAUGGAGAGGUUAUCGAUGCUAACAAAAAGCUGAAAGGGUCCCAAAAGUCCCUUGAAUCCAUCAAGUCGUAUAAAUCUUCGUUGUUUGUUAAGGAUGAAACUUCUGAAAAGAAAAUACCCAAGAAUUUGGUUCUGUCCGAUAGCGAUGAAUACGUCUCAGAAUUGGAUGAAGAGUUUGGAGAAGGAGUCAGAACUGUGCCAGCUGGUAGCAAUUUGUUGAAAGUUGAGAAAGCACUAUUCGAAGAAGGUGAUAAGUUGAAGAAGAGGAAUUCGAAUAACAAAGACAAACCAACCAAUAAGGUUGAAAGCAUUGAGUUGGUGAAGGUUAAGAAGUCUCCGAAAAGCAGACCUGUCAUCUCCACAGCAUCUCUGGUCAGAAGAACUCGAAGUGCCACCAGGAAGCCUACAAUUAUUGAUUUAACGGUUGAUUCAUCAAACGAAGGUUCCUCAGAUGAAGGUUCUUCGGAUGAAGUGAUUGACUUAGAUGAAGACGAAGAUGAGACGUCAGAAUCUGAAUCUGAAUCUGAAUCCGAAGAUAAUCUUAUUACGAAUCCAGAUGGGGUAAUAUUAAGUGACAAAGUGACAAGAGUUUUGAAAGAGCUGAAUUAUACAAAUAAGGAUUCUUUAGAUGUUGAAUCCUUACUUCCUAAGAUUAAAGGAGACGAGGAGGGAAUCUCUGAAAAGAAAGAAGGUAAGAAACUUGAUCUGCAGAAGCAGAAUGUUGUAAAAUCGAGGCCCAAAAUCGUUUCCAACAGAAAGAUCGACUCUGACAUUAUUUCACUGCUCAGAUCAAGGAAAUCUCGUUCUGGAAGAACGUUCAAUGGAGUUCCAGUUGACUAUAAUAUUCCCCAUGAACCUCCAAGGCCUAUAUAUUCAAGCUCUUGCGUUACAUGUCUCAAUGUAAGCAAGCAGCGGUACUGUAACCGGCAGUAUCGGUGUGAUAUUUGUGUAAAAUCUCGUCGGCCUUGCAAAUAUCCGCAGAGUUCGAAGGUGAUUAAUAGGGAUGAGAUUGAGAUUUAUGCAAAUGCCAUCUCCAUGAGAGAUAAUGGGAUUUGGGAUAAACGAUUUGAGGGAGCGGAUAAUGCCAAUGAGAAUAAGGAUGAAGGAAAGAAAGUGGAGGAGACUCAAUCGGUCAAUAAGAGAAGAUACCGAGAAUCCAAGAAGGAAAGCAAGCGAAGGAAGGUGGUAGAAGAGACAAAAAAGACCAAGACUGGGACAAAUAAGAGUACUCGUGAAGGUGAUGCGGACUGGGUGGACGACAAUAGUGAUGUGUUUGAGGAUGCCACAGAACGUCUGACCCAGUAUAGUCCAAUAGAAGAAAGCGACUCCGAAUUUAGCGAGGAUACAUCAUAUGAUGGGGAUUCUGAGACGGAGAAGAAGAAGAAGAAUAAUAAUCGUAAUAAGAGGAGGAAUAGAUAUGAAGGAAGUGAAAGUGAUAGUGAAGGUAGUACAGGAGCUCGAGGAUUGAUAGAUGAAUUUGAGUUGGAACAGGAAGAAGAAAACCUGCAGGCUAUGAAAGAUAUCGCAGGGUCAAACGAGAAGGCACUAAGGAUACUAAAGGAACUUGAUUUUGAGAAUCGAGAUGUUAGAGAAUUGUAUAUGAAUUACGGAGAAAGAAACAGACGACUCGCUACCAAAGAGAAUUACGUUGAACUAGAAGGAGAUAUGUCUGAUUUGAGCGAAGGAGCUCAGGCCUAUAAGAAUGCAGAAGAUGCUGCCGAGCCGAUUAUUUUGAGUGAUGAUGAGGCUGAAAGAAGAAUGCUUAGAGGACACCUACCUUUGGAGUAUGUUCACGAAAUGAGAAAUGAGCAUUAG